AUGCCGGCUGCCGGCGAAAUCGAGACGCAGAAGUCCAGUUCGCCGACCAGAAGCAGUGCGAAGAAAUGCGAAUGUGAAGGAGCGACAGACGAGGCAGAUUCGCUCCAGUCACUCGCGACACAGGGAGCUCGCAUCUCCUCGACUGUCUGUCCAGCUUGGAGAAAGCGCAGAAGAGACGCGACGUCAAUCCAGAGAGAAAGAGAGCGCAGGAGAGAGGGAGACGCAGCGGAGAAGAAGAAGAGGAGAGAGUCGAAGAACAGAGAGGAAGAGACACUUGCAGGUCGGGGAGGAACAGAGAGAGAGACAGAAGAACGGAGAGAGACAGAAGAACGGAGAGAGACAGAAGAACGGAGAGAGACAGAAGAACGGAGAGAGACAGAAGAACGGAGAGAGACAGAAGAACGGAGAGAGACAGAAGAACGGAGAGAGACAGAAGAACGGAGAGAGACAGAAGAACGGAGAGAGACAGAAGAACGGAGACAAGGAAGAGGGAGAGAGUAG